GGAGAGGUUUGAAAGAGAGGGAGGAGAGACAGGGUUCAGAUGAGAGAGUGAGUAAGAGAGCUUGCGAGACCAGCGAACAUCGGAGUGAAGAGAUCAGUAGGAAGAGAGAGCAGUGCUGGUGGAUUUCUGUUGCCGUUUUAGGUUUUUGCUUUGAAAUCUGUGCCUUCUUGUUGGAGAGUUCAACACAAAGAAAAAACGAAAGUAAAUUAAUGAUAAAGACUAUCAUUACAUAAGUAUUUACUCAAGUUUCUACUCAAAUUCUUCUUUCGACAAAAAGGGAAGCAGCUUUUUGUUUUCUCUGCAUUUGCUAACAGACUUCUGAUAUUUGCUCACUAUCACUCAAAGUGGAAGAGGGCUAGGUUUUGUGCACAGUUUUACCGGUGAGCUAUGGGGACGGUGAGUGAACUCUGUGCCUCCAGCUUUCAGGCAUUCCUGUGUCCCACGGUUUGCCCGCCCACUCCAGCAGUGCCGGGUGACCUGACGCCAGAGGAGAAGCAAGAGCUGGAGAACAUCAGGAGACGUAAACAGGAGCUGCUCGAGGACAUACAGCGGCUAAAGGAUGAGAUAGCAAAGGUGACGAAUGAGAUUGAAAGUCUUGGCUCCACUCAAGAAAGAAUAAACAUGCAGCGGAAUAAACAGAUGGCCAUGGGCCGCAAAAAAUUUAACAUGGAUCCCAAAAAGGGGAUUCAGUUCCUUAUGGAAAACGAAUUGCUGAAGAAAACUUGUGAAGAUAUUGCUCAAUUCCUCUACAAGGGUGAGGGCCUCAACAAGACAGCCAUCGGAGAUUAUCUGGGUGAAAGGGAUGAGUUCAAUAUUCAGGUUCUUCAUGCCUUUGUGGAGCUUCAUGAAUUUACAGACCUCAACCUUGUUCAGGCCCUCAGACAGUUCUUAUGGAGUUUCCGGUUACCGGGCGAGGCUCAGAAGAUUGAUCGUAUGAUGGAAGCCUUUGCCCAGCGUUACUGUCAAUGUAAUCCUGGUGUCUUUCAAUCCACAGAUACAUGUUACGUCCUCUCGUUCGCAAUUAUCAUGUUGAACACAAGCCUUCACAACCCUAAUGUGAAGGACAAGCCAUCUGCAGAGCGAUUCAUAUGCAUGAACAGGGGCAUCAAUGAUGGUGGAGAUCUGCCUGAAGACCUACUUAGGAACCUGUACGAGAGCAUUAAGAACGAACCCUUCAAAAUACCCGAAGAUGAUGGCAACGACCUCACACACACUUUCUUUAACCCAGAUCGUGAGGGCUGGCUGCUCAAACUGGGUGGACGGGUCAAAACGUGGAAGAGGAGAUGGUUCAUCUUGACUGACAACUGCCUCUAUUACUUUGAGUACACCACUGAUAAAGAGCCAAGAGGGAUCAUUCCUCUAGAAAAUCUCAGUAUUAGGGAAGUGGAAGACUCCAAAAAGCCAAAUUGCUUUGAACUCUUCAUCCCAGAUAAUAAGGAUCAGGUCAUUAAGGCAUGUAAGACUGAAGCAGAUGGACGGGUUGUGGAAGGCAACCAUACGUUCUACCGCAUCUCAGCCCCAACAACAGAAGAGAAAGAGGAGUGGAUUCAAAGCAUCAAGGCUGCCAUAAGCAGAGACCCCUUCUAUGAAAUGCUAACUGCCAGGAAGAAGAAAGCAUCAUCUAUGAAGAGACAGUAGAAUAUUUCAAUGUCAGGCUGCAUGGAUAUUUGCUUCAAGGCUGUGAAAAGGAUGUUUGUACAUGGACCUGGAAAAGGGGGAUGAGGUCUGGGAAAGGGACAAAUUCAAAACGAAAGCCAUAACUCUGGAUUGGUCAGAUUUUUCUCAGGAAUGCCCUCAAAUUUUGAACGUUUUCAGUGCAGUUGGUAGUCGGGAAACUUGUCUGACAUUUCUGUAAGUGUUUGGAGAGAACAUUAUCGAAUACUCGCAUAAUCAUCUCAAAUCAGCAGGUCUGACUGAAUGUGGCAUCUCAUUCACCUUUUUUAAGCUUACUAAUAUGACCGUUCCUUUUUGUGCUUUGAUACGUGUAAAAAUGCUAAAUGUGCAACUAUUUUUACACAGCUAUGUAAAUAUCUGGGAGGGAAUAUAAUUUCAGUGACCUUUGCUCUGUUUAUUAUUUUUCUGAUCUGGCAUGAUUUUUGUGGUUUUUCAUGUCUUUUCUUUGGCUAGACUUCUUUCACAAUAUACUGUCAAAUUUGCCAAAGUUUGUCUUUUUGUUUCACCCUGUUUUCUUCUCUGUCCUUGAUAUAGUUGACUCAAUGUUAGAUGGACAUUGCUGACGCAACUAAGUGAAUUUUGACUGCUUAUCUGAUUCAAGCAAUGAAUAUGUUUAAUUUUGAUACUGUUUAUUUGGCCUAAAAAAAUAUUUUAAGUAUUAAUUUGCAAUAUACACUCAUCUCAUGUGUGGCCUUGAAAGACUGAAGAGAAAAAAAAAAUCCAAAUACAUUUAAUUUAGUUUGAUUUAUAUUUAUGGAGUAAUGUUAAAGCUGUUACAUGUCAAAUAUUAAACUACUGAUUUAAGAGUUUAUUUUUCCUAUGUUCAAUAUUUUUUACUACAAACUAUGUGUUAAAUUCUUAACCUCACAUAAAA